AUGGCGCAUAUCACGGCUACACUACUGCGUCAGCAGGACGAUCUAUGCAGCGUUGCCGUCCUUGCACUUUUGCGUGGCAAAGAUGACUUUAAGCGAUUGGCGGCAAGUGAGGGGGAAGCGAUUAUUUGCCGUGACAAAGAGGACGAGGAGAAGUUGGCGGUUGGUAUUGAUAUUGCGAGGGCCAAGGGCAUUCUCCGCGGAAAUCCACACGUCGCCAAGGCCAUACAGAUUUGUGUGGCGGGCAGGACAGCGCAGCAGGUGACGGGCGAAGUCCUGUGUCAUCUGCCAAGCAAGGAGGGGAACAUUAUUGUCAUUCAAGGACUUUCUGGCACGGGAAAAGGCACCACCGUGGAGAAGCUGCAGAAAGUGCUGCCACGUUGUGUCACAUGGAGCAACGGUAACGUGUUUCGCAGCUAUACAUAUUUGUGCUGCGAAGAGUUAAAGGGGGCACCCGUUGUUCCGGAGCUACUCACGCCGGAGUUGCUCUCUAAGGUGGAGAAACAGUUGACCUUUGAGCAGAUGAAGGACGGUGAGUUUGACGUCAUGCUCAAGGGAACCAUGCGUGUGGCCGACAUCCAGAACACGCUACUAAAGACACCUGAGAUUAGCCGUGCGGUGCCCACGGUGGCGCAACAGACGCAGGGCGAAGUCAUUCGCUUUGCGAACAUGGCCGUUGGGAAGCUCAGUCGCGCCGGCCACAAUGUCAUUUUGGAGGGUCGUGCGCAGACGCUAAACAACAUUCCUACACCACUCCGCUUUGAACUUGUGAUGGACGAUACCACACUGCUUGGCGAGCGUCGUGCAGCUCAGCGCGUUAUGGCGAGGGCUCUCUCCAACAUAAAAGACCACCUUGGUGAGGCUACUGAUGAAAUGGUAGAAGAGGCCAUUAUGAAGGCGCUAGAUGAGAUGUAA